AUGGAUGGAGUGGGCCUUGCCCUUACUAUUGUCUCUCUCUAUUCCACCUGCCGCGACUGCUAUAUCUUCUACAACGACGUUAAGAAUGGCCCACGGAGUGCUAUCCGACUCGUACGAGAGAUGGGUAUCCAGGAGUUCAUUUUGAAAUCAUGGGGCUCAUAUUGGGAGAUCUCACGGCAUUCCACCGUGAUCGGACCCUCGAGCAAACAAAUUGGGCCUCAAACACAUGACAAGCUGGCUCGAUACUUGGAAAGGACUCCAUACAAGGCGGAAGGUCUCGGGAACGCAUUGUGCUUGAUCGCAGACACCUUGUCCAACAAGGAGAUCCUCGAAAGUACCUAUGGGCUCAAAUUAGAGCCCGAGAAGCACCAGGACACAAAUCGAUAUUCCAAGCUUGAAGAGAUUCCAACCUCUCCGGAGGCCGCCAUGAAGAAGCUCAAAGCACACCAAGCUCUUUUACGAUCGCGCAUGGGCAUAUUUAAAAGGUGUAAAUGGGCUUUCACCGGUCGCGAAAAGGUAAACGACUUUUUAUCAGACCUGAAAAAAUACAACGAUUCCUUGUAUAUGCUGUGCCCCGACGGCGCCUUUGAAAUAAUGCAGAUCAAUUUCGUUGUCGACUACUUGACGUCCCACAAUAGCAUAACCAUCCUGAAAAAGCUAGAGACCUCUUCAAGGGAGGCUUCUAAAGCCGGAGCACUUGCUCCUUCCCAACAGGGUCUCCAGGUACUCAAUGAGGUGGCCAGUCUGAAGAUCAUGAAGCUACACAGCUCUCACAAUGUGGGUGAAGAGGAGGCUAGGUUAUUUUUCACCAUUAAAGAUACCGACCUCUCCAUGGACAAAGAACAAGAAUCUGGACUGGCAUUAUGGACGUGCUGGAGUGACAACUACAGCCGAUGCGAGGCAGUCUACGUGGAGCGAAAAUCGUAUAGGUGUGAACAAGGGAAGGUAGACAAACUGAUUCGUCAGGACAUUCUCAAGCUGGGUCGCCUGUUCAAGAACCCAAACUGCGCGGCCAUGCUUCAUUCUCUACAGUGCAUCGGCCUAGUCGAUUAUCCGGCUUCUAAGGAAAUUGGCUUAGAAUUCCGGUUGCCUCAGGGUAUGGGCAAGUCGUCCCCUGGCUUUCCAGCAGGAGAUCUUGCUGCCCGCCGCCCCAAGAGCAGUGGGGGCGCAAGUGCCCCAGCUCUUGGGUGGAGAUUUGGCAUUGCAAAAGACCUAGUCCGCAGUAUUGCGUUCUUGCAUUCGUGUGGCUGGUUGCAUAAGAACAUAAGUUCAAGUGGCAGUGUCCUCCUCUUCCGCAAUAUGCAGGUACGCCAAAUAGGGAGCUAUAAGCGCUUUGAUUAUACUGCUGCGUUCAUGGGCUAUUUCUUCUCACGCCCAAACCUAGAGGCAAAUGCGACUCCUACAUCCAGCUCUCGCAAAUUCCCGGACCCUGAAGAACCCACCACGGACUCUGAAGAAUCUGUCAUAGACCCUAGGCUCGCUGAAGAACACAUCUUGAUCUAUGAAGACUCUAAACAGCGUAUUAUGGACACCGAGGAACCCAAUACGAACUUCGAAGAACCUCCAAAUCCUGCCCAGGUCUCGCACCGCCGUCACCAGAUCUGUCUCGAUGAACACCACCACCCAGCAAAGCGAGCAAACCGUGACCGCGUUUACUGCCAUGCCUUUGACAUCUACUCUCUAGGAAUUGUCUUACUUGAGAUCGGCCUAUGGCCAUUCAUCGGCGAGCUAAACAUCCCAGACAUCGAUCCAUAUGCAGCGAGAAGAGAGAUUUUAGAUGUCCAUGUGCCGCUCCUUGCCAAUCAAUGCGGAGAACUCUACGAGCGCAUGGUUCGCGAUUGUCUCUCUGUGGAGCCACCCGAGACGGCAGCCGAGGCGAGCGAGCAGACUCGCCUGUGUGCGACGAUUGCUGCGAGAUUGGCCGAAUGCAAGGCAUAG